AGUCAGGGGUGUCUUCUUGUGUUUGGUGAUUGGUGUAGGGUCAAGAGUUUUCAGUUCUAGGACCAUCAGUCGGAUGUUUAAUGAUUUUUCAGCUUUUCUUCCCAUUUUUCCAAUUCAAGUAGCCAUGAAAACUGGUGUACUAAUUGGCUUGUAAUUCUUUAAAGUUUCAACCCCCCCCCCCCCCCAAUCCAUACACAAAAGUUUCCUCCAAUCUCAAGCCAGUUUCUUGCUCCAAAACAUUAUUCAAGAAAUGAUUUUUUGACAAUCUUGGCAUUACAACAUGUGCAUGCAUGCCAUAGGAGCAGAGGUCCCAAGUUCUUGAUUGUAUAGAAACUCUUAUUAGGUGUUCUUGUGCCAGAGGUUUUUCCUUCCACUCUGAGCAGCCAUUUUUGAGGAUGAAGAGUUGAGGUCAACAAUAAGCUCUUUCUCUACCAAGUAAUUUCCAUUUAAGGUAGAGGGCUGCAGAGCUCAAGAAUGGCAACUGCAAACCAAAACCAAAUCCAAAUCCCAGAGGAAGUGCCACAGAAUCUAAGGAAGAGACUUGCUCUUGCUGUUAGAACCAUUCAAUGGAGCUAUGCAAUCUUCUGGUCUAUUUCAUCUAGGCAACCAGGGGUGUUGGAAUGGGGAGAUGGGUACUAUAAUGGUGAUAUAAAAACAAGAAAAACAGUUCAGGCUGCAGAAGUGAACGCCGAUCAGCUGGGGUUGCAGAGAAGCGACCAACUGAGGGAACUUUAUGAGUCUCUAUCACUUGGCGAAACCAGCCCUCAAGCUAAACGGCCCACGGCUGCGUUGUCCCCUGAAGAUCUCACCGAUGCAGAGUGGUAUUUCUUGGUUUGCAUGUCGUUCGUGUUCAAUGUUGAUCAAGGGUUGCCUGGAAGGACAUUAGCCAAAAAUCAGACAAUCUGGCUAUGCAAUGCUCACCGUGCGGACACCAAAGUCUUCUCGCGGUCUUUGCUAGCGAAGAGUGCAGCAAUCCAGACAAUAGUGUGUUUCCCGCAUUUAGGAGGUGUCGUUGAGCUGGGAACCACUGAACUCGUUGCAGAAGAUCUUGAUCUAAUUCAGCAUAUAAAGACCUCGUUCCUGGAUAGUCCUUCUGUGACUGUGCCUGUUCCCAACAUUACCAACCAUGUCUCUAACAACAUUGUCAGCAACAAUGGUCUCAACUGUGAAAUGCCUGAUUGUGCUAACAUGCCUGAAGAUGGUCUCGAUCAAUUUUUGGAUUGUCCGGACAUGGACAAUUGUUCUCCCAACGACUGUUCAAAUGAUUUUGCAGACAAUCUGCUGAGAGAGGAAUCAAAUUUGGUAGAAGUAGCUGAUGGGGAGCAAAGCUGGCCAUUCAUGGAUGAUGCAAUCAGUUGUCUUAACAAUUCUAUGAAUUCCAGUGACUGUGUAUCACAUACGUAUGAAGAUCCUGAGACACCGCUCCCACUUUCGGACGGGAAGAGAGAAACAAACAGUUGUAUUCGUGAAACUCAAGAAUGUAAUCAGAACAACACCUCUGGUCUCCAAGGCAAUGAUGUUCAUUAUCAAACUGUACUUUCCAACCUUUUGAAGAGUUCUCAUCAGUUGAUUCUGGGGCCCUAUUUUGGGAAAGGAAGUGGAGGAUCGAGCUUCAUUAGCUGGAGGAAGGAUGGAACGUCGGGAGCACCGGUACCCCAAAGUGGAACAACUUCACAAAGAUUACUAAAGAAAGUGCUCCUUGAAGUGGCAAGAAUGCAUGAAAAUUGCCGGCUUGAAUCUGUUAAAAACAAUGGGAAUUCUAAACCAGAAGUAGAGGAAGUGGAUAGAAACCACGUCUUGUCUGAAAGGAAACGAAGAGAAAAAAUAAAUGAGAGAUUUACAAUUCUCGGAUCAUUAGUCCCAUCUGGUGGCAAGGUUGACAAAGUAUCGAUUCUUGAUCAUACAAUAGAGUACUUGAGAGAGCUUGAGAGAAGAGUCGAGGAGCUGGAAUCUUACAAAGAAGCAGCGGAGCUAGGGUCGAGUACACAGAGCAAACCUCUGGAUGCCAUUGAGAGGACGUCAGAUAAUUACGGCCCUAGUAAAAACGGUAGUACCAAGAAGCCAUCAAUGAACAAGAGAAAGGCUAGUGAAAUGGAGAAAACAGGAGGCGAAACCAACAGGGCUCGUUUGAGAGAUUCCUCGACAGACAAUUUAACCGUCACCAUUGCAGACAAGGAUGUGUUGAUUGAGAUGAGGUGUUUUUGGAGGGAAUGUGUAUUGCUUGAAGUUAUGGAAGCCAUAAGCAAGCUACAUUUGGAUACGCAAAGCGCCCAAUCCUCCAUCGACGAUGGAAUUCUAUCCAUGACUUUGAAAGCAAAGUGCAAGGGAUUGAAAACUGCAUCAGCAAGUGUGAUCAGACAAGCUCUUCAGAGAGUUGUCCGAAAGAAUUGAAGAUGAUGCUCCGAGUCUGUAGAUGUUUUAACCUGUGUAAAGAUCUGUAUUAAGUAACCUAAACAUGUAGUUGCAGGGAUUUUUGCAAGUAGUCUAGUCCAAAUAUGCAAUGAAGGAACUACUCUUGGGAGAAGCCAGUUUCUUGAUCACCGCUUCUAUUUUCUUGAAAGUCUUAAUCAAAAACCAUUUAAGUACAAA